GAUUCACCUUCACGUUGAAUACAGUCUAACCGCGUGCAUGUUUUGAAAGCCGAAAAAAAUAAAUAAAUAUAUAUAUAUAUACAUAUAUGUUUUUGACUGUAUAACGAAUAUUCCGUAAAGUAACAUUUCUUGUGAAUAAUAAACAUUUAAACAUGAGUAAAGCACAUCCUCCAGAACUUAAAAAGUACAUGGACAAGAGAUUGUCAUUGAAGUUGAAUGGUGGAAGGCAUGUUGUUGGUAUUUUACGUGGUUUCGAUCCAUUCAUGAACAUGGUGAUAGAUGAAAGUAUCGAAGAAUGUAAAGAUGGUACUAAAAACAAUAUUGGAAUGGUGGUAAUACGUGGAAACAGUGUUAUAAUGUUAGAGGCUUUGGACAGAAUAUGACUGGAAACAUGGAAACUAUACAGAAAUAUACUUUGUAUUCUAAAGAAACUAAGUAAACAUUUUAUAUGAUA